AUGGAGCUGCUGGAUGACAAGCCACGGCCGCCGCCUCAACUGCUGCGAUCGCCGCGUCGCAACGCUCCAACGCCUGAGCCAUCGCGCAUGAUCUUUGAACCGCCGCCGCUCCGUCGUGACGCCAGUAUCACGUCUCUACACUUCCCGUCCGCCCCACCAGUCGCCACGCCGUCUCCUUCAGGUCUCGAGUCGCUGCCUACAACAGUCGCCACUGCUGUAGCAGCGUCUCCACCGUGUAAAUACGAGCACUAUGGAGCAACUCAAUUGUCGACUGAGUCGUGGGCGAACUCGCACUUUCCAGAUGCUCGAGACUGCUCUGGAUUUGGCUGGAGACGAGGCGUGCUGGAUGUGGUUCAAGCGGUACCUAGUGUCGCGAUCGUCGUCCUCGUGAACUUGAUGAUCUGUGUCCCUUUUGGUCUGUCCUUUUUUCCAGUCGAGUGGCACGAGAUGCCCGUGCCACGUGCACUUGGUAUUCAGAUGUUCCUCUUGACGUCGGCCAUUUGCCAGUUUACGUUUGUGGCGCUAAGCAACUUUGACGGUGCGAUCUGUCAAAUGAUGGUGGAAAACGUACCGUUCAUGCACACGAUAUCGAUGGCUAUUAUUCAAGAACUUGGGGCGACGAACCCAAGUGUGCUACCGACGAUCCUCGUGACGUAUGCGCUGUCGUCUGUUGUGUGCGGUCUGCUGUUUUUCGUGCUUGGCUACUGGAAGCUUGGAAGCAUUGUGUACCUUUUCCCGAAACACAUUAUUGUCGGUGCUGUGGGUGGCAUUGGCGCCUUUGUACUGCAGAGCGGGAUUGAAAAUGCAACGGGACGAGCAUUUGACUGGUCUUGGCAUGGCGUGAAAGGCCUUUUUGACCAAACUGUCGUGUGGCUCUGGGUAAGCUCGGCUAUCUUGGCACUCAUCUUGUUUUUCCUCGCGCGUCGCAUCAAGUCGCCAUUGUUCCCGCCGCUCUUUUUCGUGUCUAUUCCACCGCUCUUUUACGUGGUACUACUACUGCUUGGCAUUUCAACUGAUACGGCACGUGAGCAUGGCUGGUUCUUUGAUCGUGCACCAAACGUGCCGUUCUACUCGUUGUGGGAACAGUAUGACUUCUCGCUAGUGGUUUGGCAUGUCAUCCCCAAGCACUUUGGAACAAUCGUUGGCUUGACGUUUUUCUCGCUCAUGCACGUGCCUAUCAAUAUCCCGUCACUGAGUCUCACUAUCGACAAGGAAGUGGAUAUAAAUGACGAGCUAGUUGCUCACGGUAUUUCGAAUACGCUGGGUGGCCUGUGCGGUAGUGUGCAAAACUACCUGUGCUACUCGACGUCAGCUUUGUACUACAAGUGUGGAGGCUCGGGACGGCGUAGUGGCUUUGUUAUCGGACUCAUCUUACUGUUCUUCUUCUUCGUUGGACCCAGUGCUGUUUCCUACCUGCCGCGCUGCAUGGCAGGCUGCGUUAUGAUGCACCUUGGUUGGGACUUGCUGAAAGAAGCGCUGAUUGACACAUAUGUGCAGCUGGAUGUUUUGGAGCUUGGCACUGUUUGGGCUAUUGCUGGGACUAUGACAUUCUGGGGCAUGAAUCAAGGGCUGGCUGUCGGUGCCCUGCUUGCUUGUUUGACGUUUGUUAUGCAAAGUGCGCGCACACCGACCAAUGCUCCAAUUCGUGGGAGCAUGAGUGCUGCCACCCUUCGUAGUAACACAUGGCGUACGACAGGCGAGCUAGAUGUGCUGGAUCGCGAGUGCCGCAAAAUUCAUGUCGUGCAACUCAAGGGCCACCUUUUCUUCGGCAAUAUCAACCAGCUUAGCGAUUACGUUCGCGAGCUCUUUGGAAAGGGAUACAAUCCUACGAAUUGUAAGGUAGAGCCUCUACUCGAUAGCAAACUACAUGAAGAUGUGCGACCACGACUGGAUAUAUGCUGGCUUGUGCUCGACUUCACUUUGGUGGUGGGAUUGGAUUCUUCUGCAGCCGACCGACUCACCAAGAUAAAGUAUGCAUGCGAUACGCACAAUUGCAAGAUCGUGUUCGCAGCGGUGCCAAGUGCUUACGAAAAGUUCACGAUGCACCUCAUUGAGCUUUUUGGCGAUAACGGCAUGUUCCACGUUGCAUCGGAUUUAGACAGCGCUCUUGCUUGGUGCGAGACCGGUAUCCUCGAAAAGACUAUAGUGAAUCAGGGCGGACCUGUGGUAUCUACGAGUGCUACAAAUGAAGACGAGUCGGCGCAUAUCCGUAACCUGCGGCGGUUUAUGCCAGGUCAGCCACUUUCCGUACAGCAACGUCUACUGGACUACUUUCGAAUGGAGGAGGUUGGCAAGGACACAGUCGUGUGGAGGCAAGGCGAUACUCCGGACCGCGCUUUAUUGCUGAUUGACGGAGCUCUCACGGCCGUAGUGGAAGAAGAGGCUGGUACGACUGAAAGUGUCUCGGUGGGAUCGAUCGUGGGUGAAAUGUGCUUCCUUACGGGUGAAAAGCGCAAGACGUCCCUCAUUGCAACGCAACACAGUGUGGUGUACGUUUUGGACCGCAAGAGCUUUGCAAUCAUGCUCGAGAAAGAUUGUUACCUGGCUUUUCUCUUUCAGGGCAUCUCAUUACGCUAUACGUCGUACCGAUUACAAUACGUGGGCAACCGGAUCUGGGAAACGAAGUGUUUGCCAAUCUAA